AUCGAGGACCGAUAGUUUAAAUAAAAAAUCAACGUCACCAAACUCAUCGGCAAUUCCGUUCACCUUCCACCAGGAAGUGACAGACAAACCAUAACAAAGUCAAUAUCCUGCAAAGACUUGCAUUGAAUACUCAUAUCGAGUCCUAACUAGGAGGAAGAUGGAGAAUUCAUCAAUAGUGAUGAAAGAGAGAUUAGGUUUCUUUGAGAUAAUCAAAGAAUCCUUGAAAAUCCCCUUCAAGAAUCCAUACUUCAUUUUGUUCACCUUCCUCACUUCCCUGCCUCUCUUUUGCUUCCUGGUUUUAUGUGAAAUUAUCCUCCAGCAUAUCCUGAUUGAAACGGGAAAAAUUUUACAGGAAACACCUGAUCCUUUCAGAAAAAUAUUAGGUGAUGAUUACUCAAGAGUACUGGACAUUGGGCACUUGUUAGAGGAAGUUUCUCCUGAGGUCCUUCUUCUGGGUUUCUUAUAUCUGGGAAUCCUCCAUUGCCUAGACCUCUUCAACACUAUUGCAACCGUGGAUGUGGCAUCAAUAAUCUAUGCAGGAGAAAAGUCCAUCACUCUCAAGGACAUGUUCUUCAUACCUGUCAAGGAAUCAAGGUUCAAAGGGCCUCUAAUCACCUCUAUCUGCUCUCUGUCUUUAGCUUUUCUUAUUUUAAUUGGACUGCUGUCCUUCGCAACAUACAUAUACAUCACCUCAGCAGAUGUUUUGUUCAUGCUGCUAUUUGUGGUGAUCUUUAUAGCUCUAUUAGGAAAGUACAUGGAGUGGAGCGCCAUAUGGAACAUGGGGAUUGUGAUUUCAGUCCUGGAAGAGAAACAAGGGGAUGUGGCAUUACUGAUCUCAUCAUAUCUUAGCAGAUGUAACAGGCCAUGUGGAUUCUUCUUAAUGCUUGUGUUCUUUAUUUGGAGGUUUGCCCUACGAUUUUCUUGCCUCUAUGUAGGAUGGAACAACGGAGGAAGUAGCCUGGUGAUAACAGUAGUGCAUAUCAGCCUUGUUUCCCUGUUGAAUUUGUUAAAGUGGAUGUCAAUCUUGGUAUACUUCUAUGAUUGUAAGAAGCAAAGUGCCUAUCAACAUACUGAUGUCGAGGAGGCAAAAUCCAGGAAUGACUUGCAGGGAGCCCCUCUCUAAUAAUUUCUCAUGGUGAUAGUUCAAGUGAGUUUGGGGCCAAGCACCUUCUCUGC